AUGCCGGGAUCUCUCGGGGUCUAUGCAGCCGAAUCCUUGGCAGCAGACUCUGCGCCUGAAGCAGCAUACACGGCCCUUGACGAGUAUGCCACCCAGUAUGCGUCUCGGUGGCGCACCCAACAUGGCUACGCGAAUGACACUGACUUUGCAUUUGCGUUCGCUAGCUAUGAGGAGGCACGCGCUACGGGAGGAACCCUGAUUGCAGAAGAGUGGGCAACCAUUCGAUCUGAGGCAUCAGGCUCUCUCUUUGGAGCAGUGGCGUCUGCCUUGGAUGCGCCGGUGGGUUCGAGCAACCUGGCAGCGCAGGUGGCACGGAGGCCGACUACCUUCCUCAAGAGAGUGGCGGCCAAGGGGCGAUUGUUUCGUAGCUGUGCUCAUCGAGAUCCCCCCCAGGCCCAAAGUCAGGUCAGGCUGGCGGAGGAGUUCGCUGACGAGCUAGCAGAGGCACUGUAUCAAUUGGGGGCCAUGAAGCCGGCUGGGGAAAUCACGGCCCAGUUGGAGCAGGAGUGGCGUGCAGCUCUGAGGCGUCGGGCCACGGGGAAGAUCCUCGUCACAGAGCGGCCUACACUGAAGGGGGCACUUCUCACUUUCGGCGAACUCCAGGUCCAUAUGUUUGAACGAGGUCGCCGCUUUCCGCCAGGAGCAGUCGAUGUGGACGCCUUUCUCUUUGGUGGGACCAAAGCACAGUCGCGGGCCUUGGCCGGCCUGAAGUGGCUAGCCAAAACGGGCACCUUGGGCCUCGAGUUGGGAGGUUACGACUUCCGCCAGAACCCCCAAAAGGAGCCCAAGCAGGCGGCGGUGCUGGUGCCAACAAUGGUACCUAUCCUGGAGCAAGCAGUGCAGGACAUGUAUCAGGCCAACAACCCUCUGUGGCGUGCUCUGGUGGGGCUUUGGUGCUGCAUGACGGGGUGUUUGCGGUUUGAACACUUGCGGCGGGCAUCCCCAAUGCGCCUCUCCAGAUCGACCUUCCACUUCCACUGCAGUCGAGGGAAGCAGCGCGGCAAUCGUGCAGGCUUCGACUUUGCGGUGCCGGCGGUCUUUUGCUCUGGAUGGCCUUGGGCCCGUCUCUGGUUGAAGAGUUGGCAAGCCCUGCCCCAAGGUGCACAGACCUACAGCGGGUUGCCAUUCGAUGCUGCAGGGGCACCCUUUACCACGGCCCAAGCCAUCAAGGUGGCGCAGGACAUCUUCACGCCACAUGUGGGAGCUGACGUUACCAGCUUAACGUCAUACUCGUUUCGGCGUGUAGGGCCGACAUACGCCAAUUUGGCCGGAUGGGCAGCUUCGGAUCAACUUGCACUAGGAGAUUGGCUAGACACAACCAAGCAGAAGGCCCAGGGAAUCACUAUGCCACUGCGUUACAGUGGAGCCAGGUAUACGACGAGUGUCCGUCGUAAGCACUGGCUGGCAGGCUCCAUCGGCGUGCUGACCUCCUUUGCGACAUGGGAUGAGAUUCCAGGUGCCGAGUUGGCCAAGGCGGAGUCGACCGGGGCGGCAGUGAUGGAAGUGGCUAUUCAGAGGGAUCUGCAUACAGAAUGGCAGAGCCCUAUUCGCCUCCGGGAGACUAAGCCCCGCUUCAACGUGCCACGUACAUUGCCGUUGCCUGACAGAGUCGAGUACAUGAUGCCAAGGCAGAUCAACGGCAAGAGGGUGUCGGCUUCACUUCGUGAUGGAGCACGUCUUUGUGUCGAAUAUCAGAGGGGGAGGUGCAGCGGUCCUUCCCCUUGCCCGGCAGGCCAGCAUCGAUGCGCGAUCCUGGUUCAGUCAGGUCGCGUUUGUGGUGGUUCCCAUCCGGCCAAGGAAUGCAGGGAGAAGCGCGCGGUGCUUGCUCCUCUAUCGCCUGAGCGUGAGGGGACACGCCCCAAGGUGGCCGCGGUGGUCCUGCGGCCACGAGCAGGGGCACCUAAGGCUUCCAAGGAGGAGGCUGCGGCAUUGCCGCCUCAUCCUAAGAAGGGGCCGCAGCGGCGCGCGCUGGCGAGUGACGCCAGCGACCUUCCGCCACUGAAGCGGCAGCGGGUGGAAUCCCCAGCAGUUCCCGUGAGGCCACCGCCUGAAGCCCCGCGGCGGAUUCCUGCAGAGCCUGUGGGCCCGCCUCCGAGCAGACUCCUACGGGGCGGACACCUGGCCUGGAGGAGUGGGGCGAGCAAUCUGGAGGUGCACUUCGAUCGUCUGGCUACGGUGGGUGGCAAUUCGGCGCAGCGGCCUACGAAGAUCUGGGAAGGAGCGAAUGGUGGUAUCCUGUGGCUGGCAGGGCUGCCUACGGAGGACACAGCGUCUUCCUUUCCGCGCUGUGACAUUCAGCUCAAUUGGAUGCAGCAGGCGGUGACAGCACGUGGUGGCGUGGCGUUGCCGGGUGCCCUGCAACUCCAGAUCAGCAUCACUGAUUCGACGUCUCGGGACGAUCAGUGGCGCGAAGCUUGGCCAGUCAUUCGCCAAACCCUCUUCACAGGAGGUAGUGUCCUGGGCCACUGCAUGGCUGGCCGCCAUCGAGCUGCCACUGGGCAGUCCCUCCUCUUGGCCUUGGUGGACAACAUCAGCUUCGAGGAAGCCCAGAGGCGUGUCAGCCGUCUACGUGACGUCGAGAUCCACAAGGCAAUGGCUCAGGGCACGGUGGCGAAGUGGGUCCGCUACACCCGAAAGAACAGCAUGUCGGGCAAGGUUUGGCCAUCCCCUCGAGCAUUCAUCUUCACGGACCGGUCCCAGAUUCACUUGGAAGUGGAGCAAGGAGUGCCUCUUUGCAAGCAUCGCCAAGGAUCCAUUGCUAGCCAAAGGCUCAAGGAUGUGACCGAGGUUGAGUCCGUGGAGGAAGCCCAGGGCUACGAUCGUCCCUUCUGCAAAGACUGCCUCCAGCGGGCAGCAGCGAAGAUUUCGCGCAGCUGUCAGCCCAAGGCCCGGCCGAUCCUUAGUGCAGGGGUGUGGAGUGACCACGGUUUCGGCCUAGCCAUGGCAUCUUUUCACUUAGUGCCGAGAGACGGCGCUGAUUUUCGUGCUACACUUGUGUCGCUGCAACUCAAUUUCGAAUUUGCUGAUGAAAUCCUCGAGGCCCUGGUCAAGGCCAAGCUCAAGAACCUUGAGGAAUUCCGGUACUUCUUCGAGUCGGAAGCCGAGAUAGGGGUCUGGGUUCAGAGACUCAACUUGGGCGAUGUCCAGGGCGUGCAAACCGCACGUUUGAGGCGCACCUGGGCUGCAGUGAAGGUUUUCUUUCAGCAUGCUGACGCAGGGAGGACCAAAGUCGGCGAAUCAGACUUGGACGAUCUCUUGGAUGAUACAAGCCUGCGUGACAUGAAGCAGCAAUUCUGGCGCAGGUAUCGUACCAGAUUCCCCCCCGAGCUCUAUCCUUCGGAUGCAACACUCUCGCGAGUGACGCGAGAAUUAAACAAGCGCCUCCUGUGCGUUUUCUCCGUAUGGAAGGUCAAGAGCUUGCAGUUCCAGCUGGUUACUACCAGCAAGAAGAGACGCUUGGGGGACGGCCUGUUCACGGAGGAGACGGAGCAGGAGGAGUCAGUCCCGCACGAUUGGGAAAACUACCUCGACCGCCUCCACAUCCUCUUGACAGCCUACGCGUUGGCAGGGGUGGAUCAGGUGGCGGGAGCGCCCCAGGCCAAUCAGGAGCACACGCUUGGAGCGGACUCCACGAUCUUUGUCCAGGCGCCACUGGACGUCCUUAUGGAGUACUACUACCGCGCCAAGAGGUCGGUGGUUUCGCUACCAGCACACAAGCGGCUGGACUGGCUGCAGCAGAGAGACUCCGAGGAGAGGGCAGUCUGGGUGGCCAAGUUCCGCGAGUCCACCAAGACACUCGGCCAAGUCGUGCGUGAGGUGUUCAAUCUCAGAGACGCGCACUGGAUCGCCAUCCAAAGCGGAGGCCCAGGAGAAUCUAGCCACAAUCCCACACCGAAGAUGCUGGCCGCGGCAACUACCCAGCUACCGAGCCCGCCUAAACUUUCCUCGUUCCAGCUCGGCACCCCGGUAGCGGGCAAGAAGGUGGCCAGAGUCAUGAAGGAUGGCAAGCGUCUGUGCGUCGAGUUCCAGCAAGGACGUUGCAACAAAGGAGCCAAGUGUCCUGAUCGGCACAUGUGCGGGAUUGUCCUUCGAGGCGAGCGAGUCUGUGGUUCAACGAAGCAUGGGGCUAAGGAUCCGGAAUCGCCGUUGAUGGCAGACAUCUUUUCUGGUCCCAAUGCCCCGCUCACGAAAGCUUUCCUGUUCUGUGGAUGGCGCUGCCUGACGUUGGAUAUUCAACUGGACUCCUCGCAUGAUCUGGCACACCCCCUUCGGCAGCAGAGCCUCAGGGAGCAGCUCAAGGAGGCCGAUUUUGUGUCCGCGGCGUUCGACUGUUCCACCAAAAGCAGAGCGAGGGAGGUGCCGAGGGUGUUCGAUGAUGGGCGCCGGGGCCCAGGUCCCCUCCGCUCUACUCGACAACCCGAGGGACUGGACGGCCUGUCGCCGGCGGAUCAGCACCGCGUCAAGCGUGACAACAAUGCCUGUGGCUUCAUGCUGCAAGUCAUGCAAGAGGUGGCGGAGAGAGGAGCUGGGGCAAUGCGAGAGAAUCCGGUGAACAGCUUGCAUUGGCUACUUCAGCAAGAGGUGGCAGCUUUCCGCACAGGGCUCUGGGCGGAUACUCAUUAUGAUGCCUGUUGUUGGGGAGGAGCCCGAUGCAAGAGGCAGCGCCUUCGUCACAACAUCCCAGAGAUAUCCUCAUGGCCCCCCCUCCAAUGCCACCAUGUGCAUGCCAGUGACGAGUGGCAACCAUAUCUGCUGAAUGGACGAUACGUGUACCCCACCAAGGAGGAGGCGGAGUACACAGCGCCAUUUGUCUUUGCAGUUGCCGUUUCCGUGUCAUGGUGGGCCGUCCGGGUGGGCCGAGCGAAGCUGGCUGUGCCGCGCAUGCCGACGCCCUGUUGCGUGGGGCGGCGUGAGGAGUGGCCACUGAUGGAUCCGAGAUCUUUGCGGUCAUGGGCGCUGGCACCGCUUGCCAUCUCUUUGGGUUUGGGGCCAGCUAGUGCCGAAGAAGCAGCUCGGAUCCCACCGAGGAAAGUCGUGGAAGCAGUCAUUGGUGCCGAUGGGACCCUCCCACGUAACUGCAUUUACGUGGGGCCGGGCCAUCACCGACAUCGGCUGGCGCGCAGUAAAUGGGCACCUCCCUUCACGGCGGGUCACGAUUGCGCAUUCGACGAGUUCCUGCCGCGCUACGUUCAACACAUCAGGGACAACUUGAGCGACCACCUCACCGAGUUGAUAGGGAAAGUCCUGGUGGUCGAUGCCGUGGCAGAACACCCCUCGGAAGGGGAUGCUUUGGCGGGCCUUGUCUUUGAGCACUUGUCGACUGUGAGAUCCACGUCACAGCCGCAGCAGAGCACCAACCCCAGGGGCCGAGCAAGGAAGCGGAGCCAUCGCUUCCCUAGAGCGCUGGGGCUGGCCAUAGCUCCGCUGGCGGAUGCAUCUUCCAUCUUUUCCGACUUUAUGCGCCAGGAAGACGUGGUCCUCGCAGUCCGCAAGCUCUUUCCGGAAGCAUGGAUGACCGGGUUCACCUUUCCCUGCAUCGAGGACCUUAUUAAUGCCCCCCCGUUCGAUCUUUACAGGCGCUGGCUCCGAGUGUCGGAGCUUGACUGGGCUGGUGCUUGCGGCCCGGCCACUGGUCCCUCCACCGUGCGCAUCCUACAGAGAGCGGCGGGGCAGCAGGCAGGAGCACUCAGUCAACGGGCAGCCUUGCCGCCGGUGAUCUCGUUUGGCCUGCCAGCUGAUGUACACUUCCAACAAGCGCUGGCGCGCAUCCGUACACCCAUGCCUACGGAACAGGCUCCCGUGCUGGACAAUGACCUCCAGUUUGCCGCUGACUUCACGGCUUCGCAGCGAACAAGAUUGCGGCAGUGGCGACAAGAUGCAAUGGGAGCCCUCAGGGAGCUGAAACGACGGUGCGCAGCUUUGGAUGCUCACCUUCGAGGGUUUCAGCAACCAGCACUUCGCCGUGUGACGGCGGCGCGAGACGUGGGUCUGGUAGCUAUCCUGGUGGUGCUCUUCGCAUGGCCAGAUACCGCUCUCCCCUUCUCCCUCAUAGCAGGUAUGCCGGCAGUGGGUUUCGCGCCAUGCUAUGGCAUCUUCCCGCAAAUGCCAGCAGACCAUAUCUCCUACGAGGACGUGCUGGGCGACUGGCGGGCGCACAAUGCAAAAAUUCUGCAGUCAAUUGGACCUUCCAGGGACGACGAUUUCCUCUUGUCCCAGUCAACCAAAGAUUUUGAGUCUGGCUUUUGCUCCCCUCCACUGACAAAGCAGGCCCUUUUGGCACAGCUCAAAGGGAAGCCCUUUCGACUCGUACCAAGAUGCGUCAUCACGCAGUCUUCCGGGAAGAAGCGUAUCAUUGACAAUGCAGACACGGGAGGCCAGUCGGCCUCGUCUCGGGAAUCCAACAAGCUUGUGCUCUGCAGCGCGCUGCGACCAGCGCAGCAUGCCCAGGCCGUCAUUGCCAGGCUGCCCCAGGGUGAGCUGGAGCGGGCUAGGGAGAGUGACUCCCUUGAGUCCGGAGGCGAAGACUGGCCGGAUGCUUACAGACAUUGCCCUAUGUCAGAAGAGGAGGCGUUGUGCUGCCUGGUGGUGUGGUGGCACCGAGAAUGGCAGGCCCCGGCAUUCCAGAUCUACUCCGGCCUCCUUUUCGGCCUGCCUCUUGCAGUCACGUCAUUCAAUCGGUACAGCAGAUUCAGUGAAGCUGCGUCACGUAGAGUGGCGCUCACAGUGACCUCUUCCUACUUUGAUGACUUCAAUAUGGUGGAUUGGUCCUCCUCCAAAGGAAGCGGACAAUGGGCAGUCGGAGAGCUCAACAAGUGUCUGGGAACGCCGUUUGCCGAAGAGAAGAGGCAACCCAUGGCAGUUCAAGGAUCCUUCUUGGGCUUGGACCACGACCUUUCCGAAGCCUUGCAGAGGGGGUUCGUCACCUUUUGGGCGAGAGAACGCCUGUUCACCAAAAUGUCCGACCUCAUCGAGCAAUCCGAGACUGCGUCUUCGCUCAAGGCCGGGCUUGCUGCGAAGAUGUUUGGCCUGAUGAACUUCUUGGAGCAGGGCAUGUAUGGACGAGUCGGAUGCGGUGGCCUCGCUGCUCUGUGUGACAGGCAGCGCAGCAAAGAAUCCGACCUCUCGCCGGACAUCCUCCAGACGUUUCAGCUUAUUCGCGCACUCCUAAAAUUUCGUCCUGAGAGGCGCUUUUGGGUGUCCAACCCACCAGUGCAACGCUUCAUAGCUGCGAGUGACGCAGCAGAGGAGAAGCCUCAAGCCGGAACCGGAGGUUUCCUCUUGAUUUGGCAGCAAGGUGCGAGCCAGGUCCGAGAGGGUUUUGUCGCGGCAUGUCCGGAGGAGCUUUAUGCCCUUUGGGGACCGGGCGACAAGAAAAUUGCACAGCUGGAGCUCAGCAUGGUGCUUUUCGCUCUGGUGGCUCGGCCUGCAAGAUUUCGCAUGAGGCGCGGAAUCUGGUACAUCGACAACACUGCGGCAUUGAUGGCCCUCAUCCGUGGGAGGUCCGACAACUCUGAUUUGUCCCGCCUGGCGCAGUUGAUACAUUUGUGUCUCUUUGUCUUCCAAACCUGGAUAUAUUGGGAAUGGGUGCCGUCCAAAUCCAAUUGGAGCGACGCCAUUAGCAGGCUGGGAGUCGACGACGAAUGGCAUCAGUCGCACUCCUUCUCCACUAGUUUAGCUUUCUUCCCAUUUCAGCUCUGGGCGUUACCGCUGGAAGCAGCUAUCCGGGUGUUCGAGUACUUGUAG